AUGGUUAGACCCAACCUAAGCCCCCUCGAUCUUAAGCUCUUCCACAAGCAGGAGAGAGACUUUUUCCACCGCCUGGUGGUGCAGCUGGGGCAGGACCAGGACCGGAUCAAAUGGGUCAUGGCGCUGUGGCUCUGGUUCGAGUCCAUCGGCCACCACGAGUUCAUCCGGCACGUGUCGGCCUACCGCGACGACGACGUCGUCCGCCGCUUCCUCGCCGAGGCCUGGGCGUGCCUCAGCCGCCUCUCCGGCCGCCCGAUCGACCCCGCACAAGUCGACGACCAGCUACCGUCCACCAACUCCCUCAUAUCGGAGCCCGUGGACUUGCGGUUCUUCGAAUACCACAAGAGCGAGGCGGCCGCGGGGGUGCGCUACUUCUUCGACAAUGUGUGCGAGGUAAUCUUCGAUGACGAGCUGAUGGAGAGGGUGGCGAGGGAUGCAGAGCGUCCGGAUAACGUGCACGCGAUGUCGAGCGGGUUCGGGGAGGGGACGAGCUCGACCCCAAUCGGGUCGCGGUUGUCGGUGUUGAACCCGAUGGCGAGGCCGUGGGCUCCGGGGUUGAACCACUCGCCGGAGGAUCAGAGGUCCAUGUUCAUCACCUUCUCCAGGGGAUAUCCUAUCAGUAGAGAGGAUAUAGCCGAGUUCUUUAAUUCGAGAUAUGGGCCAUGCGUGGAGGUGGUGAUGAUAGAGAGGGCACCGCCGGGGCAGCCGCCGAUGUACGGGCGGUUGGUGUUUACGAGCGCUUCGAUGGUCGCGGUGGUGCUCAACGGCCAGCGGACCGCCAAGUUCGUGAUCAAAGGAAAGCACCUCUGGGCCCGGAUGUACGUCCCUCGCUACAGCUAA